AUGGCUUACAACCGUCCCUACGACGAGGAUGCUCUCCCCAGAUUCGCCGAGCCCGAGCAGAAGCCAGGACAGUCCAGGACUCCAGCCCCGCAGCAACACCACCCUCCUCCUCAGCAGCAGCAGUACCAGCAUCACGCCCCUCCUCCUCAGCAGUAUCACCAGCAGCAGUCUCGAUACGACAAACCUCUACCAACCCAAAGAGAUGCGCGAUCUCAUUCACUAGGUCAGGGCCCAGCUUCUCACGGUUACAUGUCCCCGCCUCCAAACACUGGCGGCGCGAGACCCCAGGCUCACAACCGUCCUGCUCCCAACUCGCGACCUCCUCCCUCGCCUGCUCUCGAUGGCAAUGGCUCCGAUCCCACGCUUCUACCUCUAUUCCGUGCUGUAGACAAAGAUGGAACUGGUCAUCUUUCUGAGAGGGAACUAUCCGCCGCGCUUGUCAACGGUGACUGGACCGCCUUUGAUCCCCAUACUGUCCGCAUGAUGAUCCGAAUGUUUGAUUCUGAUCGAAGUGGCACGAUCGGUUUCGAGGAAUUCUGUGGUCUGUGGUCCUUUUUGGCUUCGUGGAGAACUCUCUUCGACCGAUUCGACGCCGACCGUAGCGGUAACAUCUCACUCUCCGAAUUCAACAACGCUCUCGUCGCUUUCCGAUAUCGACUAAGCCCCCAGUUUGUCGAGCUGAUCUUCAACACGUACGACAAGCGAAAUGAAGGAGUCAUGAGCUUCGACCUGUUUGUUCAGAGCUGCAUCUCUCUCAAGCGCAUGACCGACGUCUUCAAGAAAUACGAUGACGACCGCGAUGGCUACAUCACUUUGAGUUUCGAGGACUUCUUGACAGAGAUCCUUAAGCAGCUCAAGUAA